UUCCCUGGAUGAGCGGCCGCCUCACCCAGUCCCAAGGUCCACCUCGCUCCAUCCCUGGGCAGCCGGACAUUGGGGCUCGCUACCCGUGUUCCCUCCUGCCAGCACACCUGAAGGAACAGGUGAUCGUCGUCAUUCGGUUGGAAAGUCGGUUAAAAACGCGACUUUAGCAGGAUAAGGUCAGUUUGUGUUCAGUAAGCACACCUAGCAAGAUGGUUCCUCUGUCGAUGGUUUAUGGCUUUGUUGUCCCUCUUUCUGCUGCCUUCGUCGCCCUGAUCAUCGUCUCGGUUUACAGAUUCUACAGGAAAAAGGAAACGACCACUGGCUCUCUUCCCAUUGAAGUGAACUCGAAAACUCCUUACUUCAUGGCCUCGCAGUUCUCGUCUCCGUCCUUCACGCCCUUUGGAUCAGCCCUGAAGGAGAACGCCGACAGAGUCACAUCUAAUAUCUCCAGGAAGAACCUACGUGCCAUAUACAGUCCCCAUUCCGAAGCGGUGAAGAAGAACUUGAACGAGACCCAGCUGACAGCGACGAGCCCGAUCCUGGCAGCUGCCCUGGAGGACGUCCUUCGCCUGAGUCAAGAGGUCUUCGAGCUGAGGAACGCCAGGGCUUCCCUACGACGGAUGCAAACACCGUCUCGCUCCAAGAGUGAAAUCCUCUCUAGUAAGGACCGUGAAGGAUGCAGUUCCUUCGCUGACGGAGACUCGCCCAUGGACGCGGUUUUGGCACUUGCUUCGCCGUCGGCCAACCAUUGCCAGGACUCUGAGGACACGACGACGAACGACCAGUGGACGGAAAUCGAUCUAGGAGACACUUCCAGCGCUGCCGUCUGGGUUCGGACGGAUUCUAUAACUUUUGUUUAAUUCCCAGAAUAAAAAAGUGUCUGUAUCUCAAUUUUCAGUCCAUCCCCAAAUUGUUUAUGGACAAUGUCAUAACGUUCAGAUCGGGAAUCAACAUGGCUACAGUUUAGGAGAUAGGAGUUGCAUUUUGAGUUUGUGAACAGAUCCAGUCAACAACACCAAUAAAUAUGGA